AGCGGAGAGGCUGGACGGAAUGGCGGCGUUCCGGCGUGGCAGCGGCGGGGUCGAGGAGAGCGCGUGGGUGGCGGAGGUGGAGACGGCAGUGGCGGACGGCGGCGCGUCGGAGGAGGAGUCAUCGCGGUGGCGCCUCCACUGCAUCUACCGCGUCCCGGCGUGCGUCAAGGACCUGAACCGUAAAGCCUACCAGCCGCAGGUGGUGUCGCUGGGUCCCUUCCACCACGGCGAGCCCCAGCUGGCGCCCAUGGACGCGCACAAGCGCCGCGCCCUCGUCCACUUCCUCCGCCGCGCGCGCCGGCCGCUGCCGGAGUUCGCGGCCGCCGUCGCGGGGCUCGGCGAGCGGCUGGAGGGCGCGUACCAGGGCCUCGGCGACGAGUGGCGCGGCGGCGGCGGGGAGAGGUUCGUGGAGCUCAUGGUCACCGACGGGUGCUUCAUCCUGGAGGUGAUGCGGGCGGCGACGGGGUGGGAGGUCAACGACUACGCCGGCGACGAUCCCGUCUUCAGCGCCCACGGGCUGCUCUACACGGUGCCCUACAUCCGCCGCGACAUGCUCAUGAUCGAGAACCAGCUGCCGCUGCUCGUCCUGGAACGCCUCCUCGCCGUCGAGACCGGCAAGGACGGGAACGAGGAUCUGAUCAACCGGCUGGUUCUUCUGUUCCUGUCGCCGACGGCGUGGCCGCUGACAACUGGCGUCGGGCUGGCUCUCCACCCGCUGGACGUCCUCCGCCGGAGCCUCCUCUAUGGCCCGGCCCCCGCGCCGCCGCCGUCAGACCCCUCGCCGGCACCGGCGCCCGACGACAUCAUCCGGCCGGCGGAGGAGCUCUACGAGGCCGGUGUCCGCUUCAAACGCUCCCCGACGUCCAGCCUCCUCGACAUCCGCUUCCACAGGGGCACCCUCUACCUCCCGCCAAUCGCCAUCGACGACACCACCGAGUACAUGCUCCUCAACCUCAUGGCGCUGGAGCGCCUCCACGCCGGCGCCGGGAACGGCGUCACGGCGUACGUGUUCUUCAUGGACAGCAUGGUGGGGUCGGCGCGCGACGUGGCGCUGCUGGCGGCGCGCCGGGUCGUGCACAGCGCGGUGGGAGGGGACCGGGCGGCGGCGAGGCUCCUCAACGGCCUGUCCAGGGACGUGGUGCUGGAGCCGGGGAGCGCGCUCGACGGCGUGCACCGGGAGGUGAACGCAUACUGCCGGAAGAGGUGGAACCGGUGGCGCGCCAACCUGGUGCACACCUACUUCCGGAGCCCCUGGUCGUUCAUGUCCCUCCUCGCCGCCGUCUUCCUCCUCGUCAUGACCGUCUUGCAGACCGUCUACACCGUCCUGCCCUACUACGGCGACCAGAGCUAGCUCUCUACUUUCAAAAUACAAAUAAAAUGCAGAGCUUAUUUGUGUUACAAGGAUUUCAACUCUUUUUGCAGGAUUUACAAAUUUGCUCCAUGGUUUGUUUGUGUUACGUUACAUCGCAAGAUCGUCUUCCUUUUUCGGAACUUUGAGUUAUGUUCCUCAUUUUGAAAUGACAACUAUAGAGACUCUUU